CGUUGCACCACCUCUUGCCGUCUUUUGAACGGCAUGGUUGCAAAGCGCCACCCAAUAGUAUCCUGAUUUCCGGCAAACUGACCUGUAUCCUUGACGACAUGCUGCAAACGCGUCUCUACGGAGUCGUAAAUAAUGCGGUCUGUUUCACGUUUGCAGAAUGUGGUACAGUUGUGGUGUAUGUUUUAAAUCCCUUGACUAAAAUGAUGAUAAUUUCCUUUAAUGUGUGCUAAUUGUGGUCUGUUGAAAGCGUGUCGUCACGAACAAUGCGUAUGUUUUGUCUACAUACCCGACAAUUACUGCUGCAAGGAUAAUGCAGCGUUCAGAUUCUCUGGAUUCGCCGAAAACGGCAUUAAAAUCGACAUAACUUACUACGCUUUCUCCAAAGAUGUAUAGUGGUUAAUAGUGAUAAGACGUUUGACAUAUUCGUAGUUAAUUAAAUAACUGGAAUAAAAAAUUUUAUAAGCAAAUGAAUAUUUGAGGAUGGAUGUCAAGAGAGAGAAGGAGCAGGGUAAGUAUGGGUCGCCUCAUGAGGAUGAUGCCUGAUUUAUCUGUAGAAACAGACGUUGCUAAAAUUACACCUGUGUUGCUUAAGUCAAGGACAGGAGAGUUUGAUUUGGAAUCAAUCUUGUUCCUUAAACUCCGAAAUUUUGGUAUCAUUGAUCUGGGAUGCAUAGGAGAAUGCAUGAACAUGGAGAGGCUGGACCUUUCUGGAAACAACAUUGCAAAUCUGGUACCUUUAGCAUCUCUUCGGCGACUUCUAGUACUCAACUUGUCGGCGAAUCGGAUCGCAAGUAUAGAAGCCAUUUGCACUUGUGACAGUCUACAGAGCCUAAAUUUGGCUGGAAACCUUAUUAGCAGUGUGGAAAAUCUCCAGUCCCUUAAGUCAUUAAGAAAACUUGAAAAUAUUAGACUGAAGGACAAUACUUACGACUACACCAAUCCAGUCUGUAAGAACUUCUCAUACCGAAGCAUACUCCUUGAGAUGUUUCCAAAUAUCAAAGUGCUGGAUGAAUGUAUUUCAUCUUAUUUUUCAGGUGAACGAGUGGUUGGACGGGGGAGUGAUUUGUACCAGCUCUGCAAAGACAUUGAUGACAUCAUAAAAGCUGGUAUAUAUAGAAAUGGACCCCUGCCAGAACUUCCAGACUGCAAGCCCUGGGUCGAGGAUGGAUUUCCAGAAAUAAAGGCCUCAAAUAGUGCAAUUAUUGAGGAAGCUUAUAAACAGUUCAGUGACAUCCUUCAUGAGUGCAGGCUGCUGAACAACAGAGCAACUCAUGUGAUUGGUCAGACCGAGAGGGCUUUGAGCAUCAAGAGCAUGCCCAAGGAGUACACGGUUUGAAAAGGGUGGCAAACGCCCGUGCAGAGCCUGACAGGGCACUGAGAAACAAGGGAGCUUUGCAAACAACUCAGUGUAACGAGCUGCCGAAACACAUCCGGUCAUCAGAUUACCUCUCCACCUUCAAGAAAAAUCUUAAGACCCGUCUGUUCCAUGAAUUCCUCUACUAGCCUGUUGCAGUCCUGGUAACUGCUGCCCCAGUACUGCUCGCCUGGACAUUCAUUGGAAGCUCAGCCUAGCUGCACUUAUGCCUAGUUGACUCCAUGACAGCACAUAUGCUUGAAAUGUGCUAUUUGCCUCACUUGUAUGUCACGUCAGACAAAUGGGUCUGAUAAAUAUGUAAUUUUGGAAAAUGUCCCUAUGUUUAACAUUGUAUUUCUGCUUAUAGUUGUUACAUUAUCCUUGUGGCUUGCAAUAUGUUUCUCUACUGAAUUGCUGACCUGCUGAUGGGGUCCAGUGGACUUGAAGCUGCACAGUUUGAUAUUCAUUCAUUGUUAUACAUGUAAAGGUAUUUGUUUUACAUAUAAAGUCUAAGAAAUGCUGCUACAUGGACAGAACAUUUAGUUAAACUAACAUAUUUAUAAUUUAUCCACCUGUAUGUGGACAAACCAGUAAAACAUGUACAUGUAUUGCUGCUAAUUAAAUAUCUACCCGUAACACGCUUAAGCUAUAACCAAUAUUGAACAUGGUUUUGGUUCUACUGCAUUACGCAGCAUGUUGCAAAUGUACCACAAGGUGGUGCUAUAUCAAACAAUUAAAACUUGUUCUUGGUAAA